CUUUCCCGCGAUCAAAGCUGCAGGUGCAGCGAGGAUUAGCCACAGCACGGAGCCACGUGGACACUGCGGUGUCCCGCUCCGCCCUCCCGCGAGUGGGUGGCUAAUCCUCCGCGAGCCCCGUAAGCCGAGCCCUGCCAGCUGCCUCCAUCCCCAGCUUGGCUUCGCACGCGAUCGCGGAGACGAAGCGGCAGAGCCCACUCGGGCCUUCUGAAGCGCCGCCGAGCGGGCCCUCCUUGGCGCCUUUUUUGGUCUCGGGUGUGAAUCCGGCACGGAAAGGUGCUCUUCUCCUUGCCCCGUCCCACCGCGCGAUGGCCUGAUCCCAACGGGGCGUCGGUGGACGGAGAGGUGCCGGUGCCGGCAGUGGGACCGGACGGUGCCGGGCUGGACCGGCUGCCGCCCCCCACCUCUCAGCUGUCUCUGGGCUUGGCGAUCGCCUCCACGCAGCUUGUUGAGCAGGAGGCCCCGCCGCGGAAGGACUGGCGCUCAAAGACGCGCCGUUGCGCAGGGUGACCGAGGCCUGUGGCGGGGCAGGCGCAGCGCCAGGAGGAGCCCCGGCCGAGGCGGCCGCAGCGGUUCUACACCGCCUGGAAGCCUCCCCAGGCGAGGGCGGGCACUCCCCCGCGGGCCCCGGGCUCUUGACAGACGCGACGUGCCCUGCUUAAUGAAUGAGUCUGGUCCCCGGCUAGAACGCCUGGCUCGCCCUGCCCGUUGCCCGCCUCGGAGGCAGAGACGCCCCGGCUCUGGCUAAGUUUGGGUGCGCCGAGGAGGUCCCCCCCCCUUUCGCACCCCCCGGCGGUAUCUGAGCCACUGAUCGCUCAUCGUCGCCCGCCGCCGCCGCCACUGAAGCCGGGCAGAAGCUUAAGAAGCGGGUUUGACUCCUGCGACACUUCGCCGGCUGCGUUUUUCGUUUCCUUCUCGGGAAGAUCAGCCUCGGGCUGGCCCAGAUAGGAGACCGAGGUCUGCGAGAAGAUCGCAGGAUGAAGCAUGAGCAGCGGUGACCAGGCUGGAUAUUGAGUGACCUGCUGUCUCUCACCAAGGAUGGCUGCCGUGGGGUUGUUCCUGGUCUGGAGCCUGCUCUUACCUGCUUUACUCCUGGCUUUGUACCUCCCAAGUCCAGAGAACUCUACCUGGCACUUGUCUCUGAAUUUUGUCCCAGAGUCACCUCUGUUGGAGGUCUCCUCCAAAGGGCCCCCUCGAAGGGCACUGCCAGUCAUUCCCCACUCAGAUUCCUCUGCCCGUGAGUUCUCUAGUGGAGACGGGGAACUGAGGAAUGAGAACAGGCAAAGUGCCAGGCCAGUGGGCCCCCCUAGAGCUGCAAAACCCAAGAGGAGGUUCAAACUCCUUGCAAAGGGGACACCAGCUGGUUCUUCUGGUGGAAGUUUAGCUCCCCACUUGACUGAGGAGAGUCUUGUUCUGCCAACCGAAGGCUUUUGGGGGGUUCAGGGAGAGGUUGAGGAUACUGGUGGUAUAAUUUGGGAAUCAAGUUCAAAGCAGAGGAAGAAAAAGCGCCCUCUUCCUUCUUCUGGCAUGUCAAAGAGAAACAUGUCCACCUCUGUGAUGCCCCCUCUUUCCACUUCGCCCAGGCCACAAGCCUCAGAAUUACUUGUCUCCCAGGAGGGAUCUUUGCCCAGCCUCCACCAAACAGGGUUCAAACAAGGCCUCCCAGCCACUACCUUAAGCUCCAGGCCCACCGUGUCCACCAUUCCCUUGGCAACCUUCCCUGUUAGCAGAUCUCAUGUCAAAUGGGAGGUGGUUGAAGAUGCUGAUUCUAAGGCUGGUGCUUCAAGAGGAUGGCUGGAAAACAGAGUGCCAGAGCAGGAACUGCUGGGCCGGAAUCUAACCACGGUAAAACAUUUGGCUUCAUACAAGAGUAGACAGGUGCAUAGUGGCCUCCUUGGCCAGGAGGAACGUUCUGCGCCUCCCCUUAGGCCUGUGGUUCAGGCAGUUGGAGAUACUCAGAAUCUCCCUGGGCAAGACAGGGAUAGACCACCAGUGACUUCCACCUCUAAGGAAGGAAUAGUCACCCCACUGAUUGGGAAGGAGCAAAGGCAAAGCCCAGCAGACUUCCAUUCACCUGUUUCGGAUGACCACUUCCCUGUCCCUUUCACCCCUUCAUUGUCAGAGGUGACACCCCAAGAACCCAACCUUCAUCAAAGGAGCACCCAUUGGAAUCUGAUCAUUGAUACCACACAGCAGCCAGGACUUUGGGACACGGCUGGAAUGGAAACCACCACCUUCCACGGCAGCUCUGCUACCCCAGGAACUGGAGAAAUGCGAGAUAUUGCAGAGCCCCAACGAGUCAGGGGAGCCGUGAACCCUAAAGUCUCUCUCACAUAUUUUGGCUCCUCAACUCCAGGACAGAGCCCCUCAAAAUUUCAGGAUAAUGCUGGAACCAAGCAUUCAGAUGCAGCUUGGAAGCACCCUUCUGGGCAAAGUAGCACUGUGGUCUCCACUACAUCUGCUCGUGUUCCAGCUACCCCUCGCCGUGGAUUAAUCCAAGUCACCACGCAAAGAGUUGUGCAGUUUCCUCAGUUGCCUAAGCCGGAUCCAAGCCUGCCUGCCAUGCCCCUUGCUUCCAGUCCACCUUGCCCCCGUCUUGGAAGCACCUGCCACCAGCUCCUGCCCAACAAGACUCGGCUGCGCUGGGGGGAACUUGAGCAGAGGCUGAGUUUUGUUUGGGCGCUGCAUGUCUACGGCACUGGGGUGCUCUUUCUGCUGCUAAGCCUGUUGAGCUUGGCUUGCCUGGGGGUAUCCCUUUCUUUGCACGGGUCGCAGCUCCCCUAUGUCCUGGCUGCCAGUGCCCUGCUCCUGAUGUUUGGCGUACUGCGGGCCACAUUCUUCCUGGCUGACCCCUAUGGCUCCCUGGGCCGGCUGCCUGCCCAUGCUAUGCGACUGUUGUACACUGCACCCUUCCCUCUGCUGCUGAGCACCUUCACUGUGCUUCUGCUCCGUCUGGUUCAUCAGGCCCGGCUGCAGGUCUUGCCCCCCAGGUGGCAGAGCUUGUCCUUUUGGGCUGCACUGACCUCUCUACAGAGCAUCGUGCUCUUGGGGGCUGACUUGUUAUCCCCUCCAAUGCACUCAGCCGUGUCUGUGGGACUCCACACUCUUUCCUGCACUGCCGGUCUCUGCCUCCUGCCAGCCACUGUGUUUGUGUACUGGCUGCUGCGGCACAGCCGGGGGAUGGAGGGCACCCUGGAGCCAGGCAUAUGGCGGGAAGCCUGGGUGUUUUUGGCAAGCAGUGGGUUGAUACUGCCAUGCUGCGUCUUGCAAUUUUGUGGGGUACUGUGGCUCUCAGGGGCAUUGGGGCAGCCGGACAUUUUCACUUGGGGCUGGUGGUUUGUGCAGUUCUGGUUCCGGAUUGGCGAACUGGCACUCUCCUUUAUCCUGGUCUCACUGGCUUGGCAGGCACUAUGCCAGCACCACGACACCACCGAGCAUUCUUGCUGGGCCAAGCUCCUGAGCUACUUCUGUGCCUACCGCAAGGCUGAGGUGCCAGAGUACCCCAACAAUUGCUACAACUGGCCUGGCGGGGUCUUGGAGAAGAUACCCAGUCACAACCUCAACAAUAACUUGAUCCUGAACUCCCGUGCCAGUGGGCUACUCUGGGCUCUCAAAGACAGCAACGACCUGCGAGUGGGAGCUGGCCAAGCUGCUAGCCCCUCUCCGAGGCAUGCGGGCUACAGUCCCAAGUGCCCCAAUGUGGCUGCGGCAGCAGUGAUGGGCCGCUCCUACACCAGCAUCUGUUUCGAGCGGGAGUCAGUUCUCUCGCUGGCUGAGCUGGAGUUCCGCCCUCCCUCGCCCAUUAACCUGAGCCGCAGCAUUGAUGAAGCGCUCUUCCGCGAACAUUUGGUGCGUGAUUCCAUCUUCCAACGCUCCAGCCUGCGCUUCCCGGCGCGCCAUGACUCCUGUGCUUCACUGCGUGGCGACUGCUCCACACUGUCCCACGCAGCCCAGCCACUGCUGGCCCAGCCCCGUCGGAGCAGCGACCCUGAUUGCCUGUACAGCUUAGCGCGGACCAGCUCAGUGGGAGAUCUUGUCAGCCAAGGCCUGGCCAGCGAGCCACUCACAGACACAUCCCUGGGCAGCUUCUCGCGUACCUCCUUCUCCCGGGCAUCCCUGAAAAUCAGCUGGAACCCCUGGCGCCAUGGGGUGUCCUCUCCCGAAAGCCUGCCCUCGGAGGAGCUGCCCAGCCAACCGCUCCAGGAGCAGGCAGAGGAUCUCCCUCCGGCGCUGUCCGGCAGUGCGCCAAACUCCGAACGUGAGGCCCGGAAGAGUUUUUUGGCGCUCAGCAAACAAGUAGAUUCCCGUAGCCUCUCAAGUGAUACCAUUGAAUUGUGAGCUGGAACGUGGGGCUAAAAGCCUGCCUGCCAUGGGGAAUGAGAAGUCUGCUGGGAGGCUGGGGAGUGGGGCUCAGAGCAAUUCCACUUUUUUAAAAGCCGUGGGGCUUUUGCAGCCCCAACCGUUUGUGAAAUGGACCCAGAGUGGGUGCCGGGCCAGCCUCCCUUGUAGUGCCCACCAUGUAAUAAUGAGUAAAAGCACACCUUACGCUUGCUACCCUCCCAGUUUUAAGAGCUGUAUUGUAGCAACAGUCAGAUUCCUGGAAACACUGCAGCGUGAAUGGUGAAGGAAGAAAGACAUAGUUUGUUUCUGGCAUUGUGGCCCAAGAAAGAUGCCCUUAGAGAGGAUGCAGGGUGGGGCAAGGAAGCAUUCAGCCAGGGGAUGGGCGUGGGUCUAGGGGAGCUUUGCAUGCUGAACACCCCCUCCCCCUUAAGACACAAUGGCAUAAACCAGCGAUUCUCAGCCUCAUCAGCUUUUAAGAUACAGGUACAGUCCUUAACAACAGUUCAUUUAAUGACCAAAGUUAACAGUGGCACUGAAAAAAGUGACUUAUGACCAUUUUUCACACCACCGUUGCUACAUCCCCACAGUCAUGUGACAAAAUCUCAGUUG